UGGACUCCUGGACUCAAGGGAGCACCCACUGCAGAGUGGAGGAGUUACCCACGCUCGCGUGCUGUCCUGGAUAUUCUCUCUUUCGUCAGCUCGUUAUUCGUUUCCAGGCAGGAACAGCGCUACAACGACGAGGACGAUACGAAGGCACGCAUCGAAAAGCAAUCAACAUCAACAAAAAGACGUUUUCCUAGCCAAGAUUAGACUUUUUCUUAUUUGUUUUAUCGUUAUUCCUGCAAUUUCUCUCUCUAUCACUCUGUCCUUCUCUGUCCUGCUUUUUUUUUUCUUUUAGGCCCUUUUACCUGCCCUCCUCAACUAACCGCCAGAUUCUUGGGACAUCCUCCCGUAGUAGGUAAAGGUCAUGCUCGGAGCAAGCGAGCACGUGUGCGCGGGACCUUUCAGGGGUCAGCGCCAGGCGGUCAGAGCUGGUCAGAGCUAGUCAGUGCGCUCGGCACAUAUGGCACUGGAAUGCAGCGUCGUCCGGUCACAGCCGCCGUUGCCCGUACUUCCACCAGCGACGAAACCGCGCGACUCGCAGCCGCCUUCGGCUUCGAGCUCGCUUCGAGCCAGACCGAGCAGCCUUCGACGCAGUGCCUGCUGAGGCUCAGUCGCGACCUCGCGCACAUCUUCGACGACCCGCCGCCCGGCGUGUUCGUCGAGCCCGAAGAGAACGACAUCACCAACGUGCACGCAGUCAUCGUGGGACCCGAUGACACGCCUUACGAAGGGGGCUUCUUCCACUUCGUGCUCAAGUGCCUCCCGGACUACCCCGCCAGGCCACCGCUGGUACGUCUCAUGACAACGGAUGCCGGAAGGGUGCGCUUCAACCCGAACCUGUACAGCAGCGGGCUGGUCUCGCUCAGCAUCCUGGGCACCUUUCCCGGACCAUCGUGGUGCGCGGACAUGACCCUCGAGACCGUGCUGGUUUCGAUCCAGUCGCUGCUCAGCGUGGAUCCCUUGGCUAACGAGCCGGGACUCGGGCACGCUUUCGGGAGCUGGCUCGAAAAGGUGACCGGCUACAACGCCACCCUGCGCUACCAGACCCUCAGGGUCGCGGUUUGCGACGCGCUCGAGGCUUGCCUCCUGGGCAACUCGUCGUACCCGCGUGUCCUGCAGCAGGCUGUACUGAAACACUUCGUCGAGCGCUACGCCAAGUAUGAAAACGCAGUCAGGGUUCAGCUCGGCACGGACCCGAGCGCUCUGUGCGCUGGUUUGAACGGCGCGCACCGGUACGAAGCGCUGCUCAAGCGACUGCAGGACUUGUACGACCGGGUCUUGAGAAGUGAGGCGAUAUGCACACAGACGAAAAUGUGACAGCGCGAGUGUACCCUUACUAUAUAGGGGCACUUUGAACAGCAAGACUUCAUAUGCAUGGUGAUUCCGGCACGCCUCUUUGGAGCGUAUGGGAUUUCAACGUGAAAGUGCGGGACGAUAGACUUCGGGGGUCUAUUUUGAGCACGACAAGGCCAAAGUAUGCAUAAUGAACUCCGAGACAACGUGGAAACGCGCCGUUUACCGCGUCUUAUAUCCACGGAGAUAUAAAUGCAUUUAGAACCAUUCCCAAACUGCAUCACUGUCACCGUGUUCGAUCUAUGCCAACAAUGUGGCGCCUGUAAUCUGCCUUCGCUUUUUGUCUAUACGGUGACCUUCGCUUAGUGGUCCUGUCGUGCCUCUGGUUGCCACUACGUGACUGAAGAGCGAAGGCCUCGGUUACGGCGGUCAGUGCGUCUUUGGUAGUGUAAGGUCUGGCGUUAACUUGACAGUUAACAAGCUGGUAAUUUGACUACUUUCCACAACAGCUGCCGGAAAACACGUGAUAGAUUGUUCGUAUUCAUCGUCACUGCAGUUUAAAUUGGGACUAUAGCGACACAGUUAUCAAUAGUAUAUAAUGAGAGAAGCAUUUCCCAGAUAUAUGGUCGCUCAAGUGCCUGGGUAUCACAUAUGACAGGAAACUUAAUUGGUGUUCCCACAUAGAAAAUACUGCAACUAAAGAGACACGAGCCGUAAACAGGCGUUCGGGUAUGCGAAGUGACCCACUAAUCAUGAUUUACCGUAUCUAUGUACGAACUAAUCUGGAACUUGGCUGUUCUUGUCGAAGGGCAAAAUAAAAUCCCUUGUUCUUUAAAAGAGGGAAGUUUUUCGACUAUGUUUAGG